AUGGUAUCGUUAACAUCGUCAAUGGCUCAUUUGCCAUCAGCCGGAAUAAUGCAUCCUCUAGAUCAUGCAACACCAAAUCCGGAUAUGCUUUUGGCAUUAUUAGCAAGAAAUAAAGCAUUAGAAGCAACAAUACCAAAAUGUGGGGGAUGUCAUGAAUUAAUAUUAGACCGUUUUAUACUUAAAGUACUGGAAAGAACUUGGCAUGCAAAAUGUCUACAAUGCAGUGAAUGUCGAGCACCACUUCAGGAUAAAUGUUUUGCUAGAAACGGGCAACUCUUUUGUAAAGAAGAUUUUUUCAAAAGGUUCGGCACCAAGUGCGCGGGAUGCUCCCAGGGGAUACCGCCAACACAAGUGGUUCGACGUGCUCAAGAUAAUGUUUAUCAUUUACAAUGUUUUGCGUGUGUUAUGUGCGCUCGACAAUUAAAUACUGGUGAUGAAUUUUACUUAAUGGAAGAUAGAAAAUUAGUUUGUAAACCUGAUUAUGAAGCGGCGAAGGCAAAAGGAGAUGAAAAUGGUGGUUGCUUGGAUGGAGACCAACCAAACAAAAGGCCUAGAACAACAAUAACUGCAAAACAAUUAGAAACAUUAAAAAGUGCUUACAAUAAUAGUCCAAAACCUGCCAGACAUGUACGUGAACAAUUAAGUCAAGAUACUGGAUUAGAUAUGAGAGUUGUACAAGUAUGGUUUCAGAAUAGGAGAGCAAAGGAAAAGCGACUUAAAAAGGAUGCUGGACGAACAAGAUGGAGUCAAUAUUUUCGAUCAAUGAAAGGAGGUUCGUCUCCCCGUUCCGAUAAACUACUGGAUAAAGAUGAUUUGAAAGUGGAUUUAGAUUCUAGUUUUAGUCAUCAUGAUUUAAAUAGUGAUGAUAGCUAUGGAACCGUUGUAAACAUGGGUAUGGAUCCAGAUGGAUCAUCGCAGCACGGUAGUAGUAGAGGUGCUGGAUUUUUACAUGGAUCAGCGUCACCCGCAUACCUUCCUGGACAUGCAUCACCGCCGCAUUCUCAUCAUCCAUUUCCGUAUCCAGAUCAGUUAGCAAUUUAUAAUAGUUUAGGACAAGCACCACCAAGUGGAUUAGUUCAUGGUCUUCCUCAUGAGGCUGAUUCCGAUGACAGUAAUGAUAGUAGUCCACCACACGGCGGUUAUCCUGAUUUCCCCCCUAGUCCUGAUUCAUGGUUAGGUGAAUCAGCUACAAGCCAUUACUGACCCUCACAGUCAAACUCUCAACCAAAAAGUUUGCUUUUUAGCCAACA